AUGGACCUCAAAGAAGGAAAUUACUUCAUCUCUUACCAUGAUACAUCUGGUCAUGUCUUCCCCAUUGCUCGUCGCCUUAAUGACGACAGCACUUGUCCCCAAGCGCCAGUUGUCAAGUAUGCUGAGCCCAUUCCACCCGAAUUGGCAACGUGGAAGCUCGAGGGACCUUUUACCCCCAACACAUACUUUUUAUACAACGGGAACAAAGAAAAACCCGCCGACUACAUCGAUAAGUUCGUCUGGUUGAAAAAGGGAGAUCCUCAGGUAUGGAGAAUUGAACCCGCCUCUACGCCAGGAACAUACAUUAUCCUGUGGGACGCUGACGACGAAUUUGGAUGGGUGGUUCCCGACGGCUCCGGAGACGAAGCUCAGAUCGAAUGUCGUGAAGACGCUGAGCCAUCUGUGUUCAGUUUUGUCCCUGUCCCUCCUCAGGAAUGCUCCUGA